UAUGCAAAUAUUUAUUGUUUUUUAUUUUAACAAAUAUUAUAUAACAUUAUGCAAGUUUAUUAGAACGAAAAGAUAUUAUUUUUAAUUUCUUCAAGAAAAAAAAAAUAUACAUUUUUUAAAUUAAAGUAUUUUUUAAAAAUAACAAAUAUUUUUCGUAAAUUUUAACAUUUCAUAACAUUUAUAUCUAAAAUUUUAACUAGAAUUUUUCAGAUUUUUUUUGUUUAUAAAAAUCCUUACGUUGCUUUAUACAACUAUAGAGAUAAACAUAAAAAAUUAGCAAGCCCAGACAGCUGGUUGAUUGUUAUUCCUUUCGAAUAAGAAAGAAGCAAAUUUUAGUAAAUACAAUAUCUUUAGCCACUCCGCUGAACAUACCAUUCAGGCCAACAGCUAUAAGUCUGAAGUAUAUUUAAAAAUACAGUCACUUAGUUUAAUAAAUAUACCCCCCAUCCCGUUUCUACUAACACAAUAACCGAAAAUGUAUCCAAAAAAGAACUUCGACAAACCCGACCCAACUUCCCCAUACCAAGGACAAUAUGGAGAGUCUGAGGAACAAAGACAAGGUUAUGGAAUCCCCCCCAACCCAACCAUGAUUAACCUUACUGGUAACCAAGACCAACGACCAAAUGUAUUGCAACAAUUUGGAAUAAACAACAAAAAUGUAAUGCAGUUUUUAAUAAACAUGUUUGUGUACGUUGCUGCUAUAUUAGUUAGUUUAAAAAUAUGGGACUACAUGUCUUACAGCAAAUGUGAUUAUUACAAAGAUUUAUUAUUAAGAAUUGUAAGAUACCAAUCACACAUGAAUGAUGGUAAGAUGGCCUAAGCGAUCAAAGUAGACAUGGGAAACCGGUCCACAUUAUAAAAGAGCCACAAAACGUGGGACGCGCAGAGCCUUAGGAGAGCAGUGUGCUGCAACAUAGCAUCUUAUCAGCACAACGUAAUAUAUUAACAUGACGUAGUCAUAUAUAGUUGUACAUUAAUUUUAGCGCAGUUGAUAGAAAACAGAAUUAAAUAACACCCCCCAAAGAUGACAGGCUCAGAGAAAGCGCUACUGCAAUUCACUUGAGGUCCCCCUAAUGUUUUUCCUGCAUACACAUAUCCGCAUCGCAUUAUUCUAUUUUAUUCUAUUCCAUUAUAUUUUUUUUUUUUUUUAUUUAUACACACAUGAUUAACGCCUACAGCGCUCCUUCCAUCACGAAUUUUUACCUACACUUAGCGAAUAUUUUAAAAUGUAUAUUUUUUGUAUUGCGUAACAUAUAUCAUCAUAUGCUUUUUUUUUUUUAUCAAAUCGCAACGAGUUUUAUAUUUAUAUAUAUUUAUAUACUAUACAAUACUAU